AUGGAUGCAUCACUGUACGCAUGGAUGUUGAAUCGCAACACCUGGACACGCAACGGAACUGGUGUGGAUGGAGCAUCAAGAACAACUUCUCGUACACAAGCGGCUAAGAUGCCCGUUCAUGGAUGCUCUCGUCUUUACGUCAAGGGUAGGAUCAUGGGCCACAAGCGCUCGCAGCGCGUUGCCAAGUGCCACACCUCCCUCAUCAAGAUCGAGGGUGUCGAGAAGACCGAGGAUGCCAAGUUCUACUUUGGCAAGCGCGUCGCAUACGUCUACAAGGCCACCAAGGAGGUCCGUGGCUCCAAGAUCCGCGUUCUCUGGGGUCGCAUCACCCGCGCUCACGGCAACUCGGGUGUCGUGCGUGCCAAGUUCGCCCACAACAUCCCUCCCCAGGCUUUCGCCGCCCGUGUCCGUAUCAUGCUCUACCCAUCGAGCAUCUAA